ACCCAAGUACUUAACCCGAACUUGACAAACACGGAGCUUGCUGCUCGGGCAGAAAUCACUGAAAAUUAAGAACCCAUCGACGGCAGGUGAAGUGAAGUCUAAUAAUAAUUGCCGCGACUAUUAAACGUAUAAAAACUCUCCGGUCCAUCUUAUCGAAAUUCCCGGAACACUGCAGCGACGGAGCUAAAGCGAGAAGAUUCGUAACACACCAGAGAUGUGGACCUGGUUCGCGAUUGCCGCUCUGGCAAAGUUGCUUGUGGUGAGUAGCGAAGUUGAUUUCUCGAUGACGACUAACGGGGGGCAACGCAUCGUGAGAAAUUCGAAGAACGGAGAAGUACAAGAAGACUUGACGCAGGCGACACUGAAACCUUUGGUCAAGAGUGAUCGGAGCAACGAUUUCCUCCCGGAUAUAGGCAGCUAUCGUAACGCGAUAUUCGGCCUCAUCAAAGAAAUAUCCGCAACUUCGGCAAAGAUGAAGCGAGUUGAGAGUGAUACGGAGCAUAAAAAGGACAAAAGAUUGGCGCGGGAUGUUGGCGGUUCGCAAUUGGCACCCCUUGGCUCUUGGAUGUCGUGGGUAACACUCGAGGACAAGGCUGUGCCGAUGAGCGAUCGUUCGAACCCUUGGCACGAGAUAAAGAAGAGCCGAGCAUUUAGCCCAUGGGGUGGUAAGCGCGUCGCGAUUUUUGGGCAGGGUUCAAAAGUCCGCCGACCGAUGCGAAUCCCGUUCAACAGUUGGGGUGGCAAGCGAUCCGACGGGACGACGAGCCGAAGUUUCGCGGGCCUGGAAAAACGAGCGAGAUUUUCAAACUGGGGUGGAAAACGGGGAUGGGAAAGUAUCGGCACUGAGAAACGAACGAAGUUCAACGCGUGGGGUGGUAAACGCAGCAAGAACGGAGAACGCGACGACGAAGAGAUGAAAAGAACGAGAUUCAACGCUUGGGGUGGGAAACGGAGCGAAGAGAGCGAAUCGGAAAGAACGUCUGAAGAAUUCUUCCUAAAGAAGAAAGGGUUCAAUGCUUGGGGUGGUAAGAGGUUCGUCGAGGGUGAACUAAAUGCCGACGAGGAUGUCGAUCAUUCAAACGACGCCCCGGGUUCGUCGCCCUCCGAAAACAGAGGGAGGGAGAGACCUGAUAGCUCGAGUGGCGAAGAAGGGGUGCACCCCACUCACCGGGAGAUGAUCGAAACGGGGAGUAACUACCUUCGGAGAGAUGAUGCCAACGAGAUUCCACCUUUCGAGAGUGAAAUAAUGGAGUUGCCGGAAAGGAGAGGUGUUCAAAUUCGGAGGAGCGCGUUCAAUCCUUGGGGAGGGAGGAAGAGGGGCGAAAACGCAGCGAGUCCGCCGAACCUGAUCCUCCCUGAAGCUGACGAUCUUCAGGAGCAUCGUCAUCAGGACCGGUUCUAGCUGUUGGCCGGAUAAUUGCGAGCUCGAUUAUCACCUCGGGAUAAAAGUUCGAUCGAGUAUUCCAUGAUCUAUGAUUUUCUACGGACUGGACGGAUAAUACAAACUAGGCAAUGAAUAAAUAGGUAAUAUUUUUGUCGCGAACGUUCCUAAUUGAAUUCUUUAUUUCGCAGUAUCUCGUUAUAUCGCAGAGAAGUUUUUACUUUUCGUCGUCGCUGGUGGUAUGAGAAAAGUAUUGGUUUCCGUUAUUUUCACGAGUUAUAUAAGGUCUGUAAUAAUUUUCACAAUCGUUUUAACACGGUCAGUUGUCACAUGCAUUGCUUAUUUGUUAUUUCUAGUCUCAAUUUUUUGAGACGAAAAAACUCGGGGACGUAAACAAAUUUGGGUUUAGGCAGCGUAACGACACUAGAGCUAGUUGGAAAAUAGGAAACCCAUCUUAGGACUUUAUAAUACAUUGCAGCGACAAAAUUUAUGAACAUUAUUUGAACGACGUAUUGUAUAACGGUAUAUUAACAUUGUAUACUUAUACACGUACGUACAUGAACCGAUAAAUGCGAAAUAAAUAUGUAUCAUAGAAGAAUUGCAAGAUUGUGAUAUUUGAAAAAUUGUAUAAUUAGUUACUAAUGAAUUCCUUUACGC